AUGGAGAUUGUGUCUGACAGAGCAGAAAUGCAUAAGAACAUAUGUGCUCAGAGGGACAACUGGAACGCCCUACUUUUGAACUCCGUGAACGGAAUGACAGCCACGGCGGCGAUCAUGGCCGGACUCGCAUCAGCAGCAGGAUCCGGAGCGUCCAUUCUGCCCCUCAAGCUCUCUGCUGGCCUCCUCUACAUUUCCGUCACCGGGAUUCUGCUGGUGAUGAACAAAAUCCAGCCUUCCCAGCUGGCGGAAGAACAGAGAAACGCUUCCAGGCUGUUCAAACGGCUUCACCAAGAGAUCAAAACGACGCUGUUUCUGAAAACUCCGACUUCAAAGGACGUGAAACUUGCAAUGGAGAAGGUGCUGGCAUUGGACAAGGCCUACCCACUUCCUCUUUUGGGAACCAUGAUCGAGAAGUUCCCGUCCCACGUGGAGCCCGCUGUGUGGUGGCCGGAGGAGCACGGGACUGGGCAUGAGAAGGCGGGCGAGGAGGAGGUAGAGAGGAACGGCUGGGAUGAGAAGUUGGAGGAGGAAAUGAAGGGCGUGUUGGGUGUGGUGAGAGGAAAAGAUGGUGCGGAAUACGUGAGGCUGAGCAAUGUGGUGCUGAAGGUGAACAAGGUUCUGGCAAUGUGUGGGCCAAUGCUGACCGUGUUUGCGGCGGCUGGGGCGGGGGUUGUAGGGUGUGAUGGGUUCGUCGGGUGGUGGGGUGCGGUGCUGGCUGUGGUGUGUGGGGGCUUGGGUGUGGUGGUGAAUAGUUUGGAGCACGGCGGGCAGGUGGGGAUGGUGUUUGAGAUGUAUAGGAGUUCUGCUGGGUUUUUUAAGCUGAUGGAGGAGACGAUAGAGUCGGCGUUGAAGGAAGGGGAGGUUGGGGGAAAGAGGGAGAAUGGGGAGGUGUUCGAAGUGAAAGUGGCGCUUCAGCUCGGAAGGAGCAUUUCGGAGCUCAGAGAUCUGGCGAGUUCUGAGUCUUUGGCUUCCAGAUUGAAGCAGGUCAAAGAGGAGUUUGCAAGCAAGCUCUUUUAA